UCUACAGGGACUAGCAUGAAAUUUGGUAUUCGAGAUAGGUAUCACUGUACUAGGGGUGGGGCGCACCCCGACCCAAAUGCCAACCACAUUUCCGAGCACUUUGUUUCUCCAACUCUCCCCCUCCUCCUCAAUCACAAAAAAACUCGCCCCGAUUUAAUCGCCGAGUACAAACAAGGCCCUUCUUAUUUAUCUCCUCUCUCUCUAUGUAAUUGGGAAACCCUAAAUUUCUCUCCCUCCCCUUUAUAUGCUCUCCGAGAGACAAUGACAAGUCUUGUAUCGAGCCACCGCCAGAAUUUACCAUUGCAAAUUCACGAGAGUUUGAUACGGACGAGAUCGAAUAAAGCACAGUGCGUCGGAUGUUCAAAUAUAAAGUAUCAUGUGGGAGGAUUCUUGUUUGCUAAAAGUCGACAACUCGUGAGUUUCCGUGGAAGGACAGAACGUCGAAGAUUGGUCUGUGCUAGAGCUGUCAGUGAUGAUGCCGAAUUGAACGAUGAUGAAGAUGAAGGCCAAGAAAAAGGAAGCGAAAAAGAAGAGAUGAAUCUUGGGUUAUCCCGCGAAGACUUGGAGAGGAUUGUUGGGACGGAUGAUUCAACCUUUAGCGGCAUAGAUCUUGCAACUCUUAUCAGGAAAAAGUACGGUAGAUCGUAUGACGUCCAGCUUAUAAAGAAGGAAUUCCUGGGGAGAAGUCUUCUGGCAAUGAAUGUCAUGUGGAAGUACAUGGAGCAAAGAUCCUUCCCCUUGACUGAAGAGGAGUACCUCUUAAGGCUUGAUGAUGUGGCUAACAUGCUGAAAUGCUGGGGAGCUGUCUCGCAUGUUAGAAAUAGCCUAGCUAAGUUGAAGGAACGGCCUCGAAUAGGAAAAGCAGUGAGCAUUUUCAUAGACAUGGAUGAGUCGGGCGGCCGUUCCAGCGAAUGGAUCUACAAAUGACUGAAAAAGAAAUUUUUGAUUUGUGGUUCCAUUCAUCCUACCUCAAAGCUGCAACCUGAAUGCACAUUCUCUGGUUGCCUUUUUAGUUAAGCUAGACUAUUUUUUCAUUGAACCAUACCUCAGUUCCACGAAUUACAAGUUAUACAAUGCAGAACAUGUCCUAUAGGAAGAGAUUUUUAUCCUA